UGUCGGACUCGCAAGGGCAGCCAGCGGCGUGCCGGGGGUCUGUUUACCCAGAAGAUCAGACGUCUCGCCACAGAAACCGCUCGUCUCCCCUCUCCGUCUUCGCCCACGGAUGAAUGAACGAAUGUUCUGGAAAUACAUUCGUCUGUAGAGCCACACGUCGACUCAGCGGACACAGCUUGAAUGUCAUGGUUGUUCCCCGAGCGGUGGCUCAAUAGCAGUGGCCAGGGGCGAUGGCAGCGGGAGUGUUGCUCCGGGGUCUGCUAAACCUCUGCCCCCGGAGAGCUGCCUUAACCUCUUCCUCUCUUACCCGCCCAGUCUGUCUGAUGCACUCCAGCCUGCAACCUUUAUACCCUAACCCGACGUGGGGUACCCUCCCUGUCAGGUCACUGCAGCUGUGCACCCACCUAUGUGCGGGUCACAACAAGUGGUCAAAGGUCAAACACGUAAAAGGACCCAAAGAUGCGGCCCGGUCUAUUAUGUUUGCCAAGUUUGCGAUGAUGAUCCGGAUCGCCGUGAAAGAGGGCGGUUCCAAUCCAGAGUUCAACGUAGCCUUGGCCAAUAUAGUGGAACAGUGCCGAAACAAGAACAUGCCCAAAGCAUCCAUAGAGGCAGCAAUAAGGGGAGCGGAGAAAGCCAAAACAGGAAUUCAGCAGACCUAUGAGGCUCGGGGUCCUGGGGGCUGUGUGUUGAUCAUCGAGGUUCUAUCAGACAGCACAAAUCGCAGCCACCAGGAAAUCAGGCGCCUGCUCAACAAGAACGGGGGGGCGCUGGCAGAUGGUGCCCGUCAUAAUUUCAGCAGGAAGGGAGUGGUGGUGGUAUAUGGUGGGGACAUCUCCAUGGAGCGUGCGGUGGAGCUGGCUAUUGAGUCUGGGGCUGAGGAUGUCAAGGAGGAUGAGGACGAGGAGGGGAAUCCAGUCUUGCAGUUCAUCUGCGAGAUCACAGAUCUGAGGAAGGUGCAGAACUCCCUGGAAGGCUUUGGCAUGCGGGUCGUAUCUGCCAGCUUGGAGUAUGUCGCCCAGAACAUGGCGUCUCUCGACCAGAACCAGCUGGAGGAAGCCUCAAACCUGAUCGAAGUCCUGAACGACUGGGCCGACGUCGUCCGAGUCUGGGACAACAUCCAGGCCCAGGCCUGAAGACUCUGUACUGUGGAAAGUUACAACCAGUACUUUUCAUUUAAAAAUAUGAUGAACCAUGAAAGAAGCUGCUCGCUGCUGUGUGAUGUAGUAAAAGACCGUUUGACGGUCCACCUUUAACACCAGCCAUGCUGGUCCAACAACAGCCCCAGCUCUCAAACAAGAAACAAAGAAAGACAGAGUUAGGAUCCACAAUUAUGAGCUUAAUUUGGAUCUUCCCUGUCUGUAGAUUUGUUUAUUGAAGGCUGUUCAUCCAGAAACUGCUGCGGAGACACGGGUGGUGAAAAGAUUAUGUUCGAUUUGAGGGAAUUUAACCUGACUGAAUGUUUAAGUCGCGUUUCUGAGACGUGUCAUGUACCAUUAAAAUUGUAUUUAAU